ACACAAGCGGAACUUGGCUUACUGGAGAACACCGACGUCUUAGCGAAGCAGUUAAAACUAUUAUGUACAUUACAAUUUUCACAACAAACGGUCAAUGAAUGACUUAUAGUGACUGCUUUGUAGUAAUUUGACAAAAAAAGUCGCAUGUGUUGAUUUGCAGUAGCUGUGAACUCUGAGGAUAAGGAUGAAUGAGAUGGGCAGACCUCUGGACAGACUGAAAAGGCUCAACCCAUGGGCUUUUCUGCCUCCUCUGUUCUCCAUCUGUGUUGCUGCUGGCCUCUUUAUAGUAUACUUUGAUGCUGUUUCCCAUGGUCAAGUUGUACCCCUCACCUCACAGUAUGAUCCAAAUAAAAGUGCCCUUCCUCCGUACAUAAGCAUUGCAGGAAAUUCUCCACCGGCCAGCUGUGUCUUCAGUCAGAUCAUGAACAUGGGAGCUUUUGCAGGGCUCUUCAUUGCUGUCUUUCGAUACCUCCAGCUCAAGAACACAUUGUAUAAUCCGUGGCUGAACACAAUCUGUCUCUUGGCUUUCUCCAGUGCCUGCUUUGGGAUGACACUCAUCGGGAACUUCCAAUUAUUUGUUGAGGAGCAAAUUCAUAACUUUGGCACCUUUCUGACUUUUGGCCUGGGGACCCUCUUCUGUUGGAUACAGUCCUACAUCACACUGAAGGUGAACUUCAAGAAUGAAGGAUUCAGAACCAGUAUUCUACGAUUCCUCCUGUCGGGGGGCAUCACCAUCUGCUUCAUACUGUACUCCACAUUAAUGGCACAGGAUUUCCACAUGCACGCUGCUCGAGGGCAGUGGUCUCUCGUCAUGCUAUUCCUCAUCUUCAUCGGAACGUUUUAUGUUGAAUUCCGUCACAGCCGCAUGGGCUACCGGGUCACGGACAUCAGUGCAGAGCCUGUCAGUAUGACCUUUACUGAAAUGUCCACACACUCAGACACAUAAUAAACCUAC